AUGGCAUGGGGCCUUUCCAGCUGGCUUGGCCUGACGCGAUGUGUCCAGAUCGUUGCCUCGCUCGUUGCCAGCGCCCUGCACGGAUUUCUAUUUGGGUACCUCUCAAUUAAUAGGCUGGGCAUGGCAAACAAUGUCAUCGUGCUUCAAUUCAUGGUAUGCGAAAGAAGGUCCACGAAACUCUCUGUCCGUCGUUGGUCAAAGUUUGACGCAUGGGGCGUCUUGAUGUCCUUGGCCUCUCACAUUGAACAACGACCCCAACCGUGUCCUCUGAUUUUCAUGACCGCAUGGUUUGCUUUUGUCGUCAUUGCCUUUAGCAUCGUCCACACCAAGGGCAGGUCAACAAAGACCACAUGGCUCGUCGCCAACAUCGUCGGAGACGUCUGCUUCAUCUGGAUGGGCCUGGCAAUGAUCACGCUUCUUUCACAUGCUGGCGUGCCUGCCCACUGUGCAGGCCUUACCAAAUCUACCUACGCAGAUGACGACACUCGCCGAGAACCCGCGAAAGGGUACACCAGCAUCCGCUUCACUAAUCAAUGGAACGGUGCCAAGGGCGAGUUGGAUCGUUACUGCGCCCUUGAGCGCAUCUUCUACGGCGCUACCCUUCUCUUGAUAAACCUGCAGAUCAUCACUGUCAUCCUCUCCAUCCUCCGCAUCUGCCAGGGUACAUAUAUCAAAAAGACCGAAGCAAGCGCGCAGACGAGCGAGCAGAUCCUACAGCUCCUACGCGACGAGGAGAAAACCAGACCCAAGGCGUAUCCGCAAAACAGUCUCGCCUCGGGCAGUGGAGACAACGGUGUGGUGCAGCACCAUCAAGGCUACAGUCAAUGCGACAUCGCCUCGAUUCAUCCCAUGCCGAGCGAAGGAGCGUUGAGUUCGAGGACCUCGGUAUUGAAUUCCCGGGUGCACCCGCAGCACCACCAUCAAUGUCAGCACCACACUCAUCACCACCAUCAGCAGCAACCGCUGCUGUCCCCAGUCAGCCCAACCACCCCCGCGUUCUUCGCAAAUCGAUCGGGACCUUCAUCCCCGAUGGCGAGCCCAGGGGCAAACGAGUCAAAUACGACCGCUUUUAACGAGUUCGAGACACCCGAAGACGAGGCUGCAGCUGCGGCACUGAUCACUGACGGAUCUUCGGGAGGCCGCGCGGACCUCGAGUCCGGGUACGGCAGCAGCUCGGCCCUGCCUCCCUACACCCCGGGGAGGUUGAACCCCAUGAACGGCCACGGUAACGAGAGCAAUGAGAUGCGGCUCAGUGGCUAUGUCAAGGGGGAGACGAGGGCUCAGAAUAUGAAGGAUGGGAUGUGA